GGGAAGGCACAUCAUGGUGUCUGAAAAAUGGGUUGUGGCAGGUUUCCUGCUGCAGCUUUGCUGGGCCAGCUGUGGCUUCUGCAGCAAGGUCCUGGUGUGGCCCUGUGACAUGAGCCACUGGCUGAAUCUAAAGACUAUUCUUGAGGAGCUCGCAGCAAGAGGGCACGAGGUAACAGUCCUGAAAUANCCCAGUAUCAUCAUAGAUCAGAGUAAACGUUUUCCACUGCACUUUGAGAAUAUUCCUGGGCNGUAUGAAACUGAGACGGCUAAGAAUAGUCUAAAUGAGCUGGAAAAUCUUGCUGUGAAUGUCAUUCCAAACCUGUCACUGUGGGAAGCAGCAAGAACCUUGCAAGACUUCUUUCUUCAACUGACUGGAGAGUUUGAAAGUCUUUGUAGGAGUGUCUUGUACAACCAGACAUUCAUGAACAAGCUACGGGAUACAAAAUAUGAUGUAGUGGUUAUAGACCCUGUCAUUCCCUGUGGAGAGCUGGUGGCAGAAGUGCUUCAGGUUCCUUUCGUAAACACAUUGAGGCUCAGCAUGGGCUAUUACAUGGAGAAACACUGUGGCCAGCUUCCAAUUCCACUCUCGUAUGUACCGGUUGUCAUGAGUGAACUAACAGACAAUAUGACCUUUACCGAGAGGGUGAAAAAUAUGAUGCUUUCACUGUUUUUUGAUUAUUGGCUCCAGCAAUAUGACUUUGCAUUCUGGGAUCAGUUUUACAGUGAAACUCUAGGUAAGAGAUUUCAUACUAAGCUAUUUGUGGGAGGACUGCACUGCAAACCUGCCAAGCCUUUACCUAAGGAAAUGGAAGAAUUUGUUCAGAGCUCCGGAGAACAUGGUGUAGUAGUAUUUUCACUGGGGUCCAUGUUCAAAAACCUGACAGAAGAGAAAGCCAACCUCAUUGCCUCUGCCCUUGCCCAGAUCCCCCAGAAGACCCUCAUUCUGAUCCUAGGCUACCCCACAACUAAAAAUCUUUUAUCUCAUGGUAGAGCCAAUGUCAUACAUAAAGCCAUCCACCAAGGCAUCCCUAUGACUGGCAUUCCUUUGUUUGUCAAACAAUGCAAUAAUGUUGCUUACAUUGUAGCAAACAGGAGUAACUGUAGGAUUGAAUUUCAGAGCACUGUCCAGUAUAAAUUUUCUCAUUAUAAGACUUGCAGGUCUAGAUGGAUAACAUACUUUCUUUACACUUUUUAUGUACUCCUCAUUAUUAAUUAUAAAAAACACCUCACAUCUUAUAAUUCGUGUUGCAUGACACAUAUUUUAUUUUCCUUUAGCUAUAAGGAGAAUAUAAUAUGGCAGCCAGCCAUUCGUCUUAUCCAGCUUAUAAAGCGUCUAGACAUAACCAUCUUUUAAAUUGAAUUUGUCAUGCACCACACAGUGGCCGAGCACCUGGGGCCAUUUACUUAUAACCUCAUCUGAUACCAGUACCACUCUCUGGAUGUGGUUGGAUUUCUGCUGGUCUCUGUGUCAGGCAUUAGCUUUCUUGUUGGAAUAUCAAAACUCUGCUAGUUUACUUAGUGUUGUGAAGGAGGGAAGGAAAGAAAGAAAGAAAGAAAGAAAGAAAGAAAGAAAG